UCUUUUAUAUUUUGUAGCAAUUUUUCAUAAUUUCAGUGUAAUUACCCAGGCCUUUGACCACACUCUAGGGAAACGACGGUCGUUUAACGACCCUUUGUUACCCCCGUCAAGACCAGACGUUUACACUCCUACUCAUCUUUUAACACAUAUCUAACUGCCAAUUUUAGCAGAUUAUCCUUACCAAAUGCCCCUAUUAUGACAUGGCUUAGAGAGGUUUUUUGCAAUAAAUUGCUAUUCCAUGCCUUCCAAAAAAGUCAUCAUGUCUUCACGGGCAUGGAAUGUCGCUAAUGUUCCAGUCAGAAUCAGGAAACAAUUUGUUGAGUCGGUCAUGACGAAGAGUUGCCUGUGGGUAAAGUUGGUAACACGGGAUUCGUGAUGAACCUCGCACAAUCCCAGUACAUCAAAUCCUAUUUCGCUUGGAGCUGCCAUAGUUGAACACAUUUCACAUCUGUCAGUCCUUCUAAAUUAAUGCAAACAGCAGUUAACAAAGGUUUCUCAAGUUUUGUCAGUGUCAGACCACUUUCAUUCGUUAAUUUCUAUUCUUCUUCUUCCACUUUCCUACUCCAGCUCCUUUCACCACCUUUCACUUGGUGCAUCCCAGGGCACCUAAACUUUUUUUGCUGUCCAUGAUUCUCGUAAGGGGGUGAUACGAGUAUGAAAUUUUUGGUAAAAAAAUGCAAAAAUUAAAAGUUUAAGAAUUUCAUGUAAUUUUCCCAUGAAUUUGGUUAUCAGCCACAUUCAGAAAUGUGAUGAAUAAAUAAAUCUUAUCCCGGUCUUCAUCUCUGAAGAAGAGAAAUAAAGUUAGAAGAUUGAUAAGAUCGUGUGAUUAAUAACCUGGGCAACCACUAUAGUCAUAUAGGUCGGGUGAGGUCGUUGAUGCGGAAGACCAUAAUUUGUAAAAGUUUGUUGGCAACAAAAUUCAAACAAAGAUUGCAUGCAAUUCUCCAACUUUUAGUUUUUUCAUUUUUUUAAAUAAAACAUUUCAUACUUGCAUCACCCCCUUAGGAGAACCACAUACAACAAAAAAGUUUAAAAGUUGGGUGCAUCCAUUUUAAUACGAGUGUCAGACAGAUCGAAUUAUAGACUCUCGUACUCAGAUUGCAAGUUUGCAAGAGCUUAAAACAUCUUUGAAAACUGCACGGUUGGGGUGAUUAGUCUAACGUCAUAACCUGGACGCAUGGUCAGACCUGUCUGUUCCUCCUUAGACGGGAUUAUUUUAAACAGGUCUGCGGUCUCUCCCCCUCAACGUCCAAGUGCCUCCCCCAAAGUUUCAUUAUACAAAGUGAAGUUGAUUCAUAUCUCCCGCUUAAUGGGGUCCCCUGAUGACCACUGCGUUCCGUUUCAGUACAGCCACGACGAAUGUCAACUCUCUCUUAUAUUCUAAUAUUGAUUAAUUAUUUGCUCAGCAAGUCGACCAAAAUCCUCAUUACAGUUCCAAUUUAUUUCGAGCUGGAGGCCAUUCCCCUCCAUUAAGAGACACAAACACUUUCACUCAGAGACACGGCCAGUCACUUACUCAAUAGUCAAGUGCUCGAGAUCCUUCUCCACUCCGACUCACUCGCUGCCUGACUCGCCUGAUGAGGCCAGCACACCAAACAAAGAAACAUAAAAUACGACAGUCUUCCAAUUUGUUCCCUUUCCAAAUGAAUGGCACGGAUAACAAAAAAGAGGCAUCAAAAAUGAAAGGAAAGUCGAAGAAAGGAACGAAUGCAUAACGCACAGCGAACAAAAAACUGCAGGAACCAGUGCCCGCGGAAGCCGUGGGGACAUUAACAUUGUCGGAUAGGGGAGGGCGGGGUUUAUAUAAUAUGGGCAAGAAGAUGAUGGGGACAUUGUCCCUCUGUCCCCACGCUUCCGCGGCCACUGGAUCCAUCCCUCUUAUAACUUUCUCCCUCCAUUUUAUCAUCUUUUUGAUAUUGCACAGUCUGACUGAAUGUCAUCUCAACUCGUAUGAACGAGUCGUGUAGAGAUCUAUUUGAGGGAGAAGAAGAAUAGAGAAAGUUGCAUUGAUUUCUCCUCUUCGAAAAAUGCUGCUGUUCCAACAGGGCCAUUUACAUGAAAUCAAAUGAGCUUCCGGCAUAAAGGAUUCCGAUACUGGUGUUCUUCUCUCCGUUCUCCCAUGAAAUCGAUUACUUUACUUUCCAGCAUACAAAAUAUGCUCGGCUUUGGGUACGUCCCAAAAUUGUCAAAUUGAGAUUUAUUCAUUCAUGCUGCUCCUUAAAGUGGAGUACUUGGUGGUUAUCUUAGAUCCCUUUUGAAUAUAAAAUUGUGGAAAUAGGAAAAAAGUUUGAAGCACUCUUGAUCACACCUUAAUGCUAAAGUCACGUAAUAAUGGGCUGGUUCUGCAUGGAAAAAGGUACCCUGCUUCUUGUCGGAGGAUCUAGUCGUGGUCUGGGCUGUUAUGAAAUCGCGAGCUUGCACAGACAUUUAGAAUCACUACCUACCGACACAUUUAGAGGAUGUCUAGGAAUGAAGGGUUACAAUUUCUGAAUUUUUACUCAUGUAAGUUAAGGAGUAGACAUUUAUACCGUUGGUAUUUUCUGGAUCCUGCAUGAAAUACGUUUCGUGAAACGGGACGAUUGAUUUGAUGGAUUUUAGUCGAACACUUUUUUUUAAACAUUUGUACAGUUGUUUUUAGUCAGGUAUUUUUGUCAGUUCGUGUAGUUUGGGACCGUUUAUACUUAUAAGUCUAGGUCCUGUAUAUUUUUAAUUUUAGUGACAGAGCAGUUUUAUGAGUUCUUCUAGAAUUUUUUACCCCAUUUUUGAAUCAUUAGAAAUACAUACUUCUGGUUUUCGGAUCCUCGAAGGUUUGUCACAAAACCAGCUCACAUGAGUUGUAAGACUUUGCUUUUCCCAUGUUUCCCACGUCAUUUUUUACCAUUCAUUCCUAGACACCCUCUAGUUCUUCGGUAGGACAUCGAUGGGACAGGAGAGGAGACGGAAAAGUGUAAAGUUUUAUGGACUACACAAUCACCAUGUAUCUCAACCAGUACUGGAAAGAUGACCGUCUCUCUUUCAGCACGAAUGACGAGGUUCUCACGCUUUCUGGCGAUUUCGCCGAAAAGAUUUGGGUACCGGAUACUUUUUUUGCCAACGAUAAAAACAGCUUUCUCCACGAUGUGACGGAGAAGAACAAAAUGGUUCGGCUGUACGGCGAUGGGGCCGUAACGUAUGGGAUGCGGUUCACCACAACGUUAGCCUGCAUGAUGGACCUGCACUAUUAUCCGUUAGAUUCACAGAAUUGCACCGUGGAAAUUGAGAGCUAUGGGUACACCGUCUCGGAUGUCGUCAUGUACUGGAAGGACACUCCCGUCGUGGGUGUGGAGGAGGCUGAGUUGCCACAAUUCACAAUAAUGGGGUAUGAAACCAAUGAUCGGAAGGAAGCCCUGGCCACUGGGGUAUACCAACGUCUGUCACUCUCCUUCAAACUGCAGAGGAACAUUGGCUACUUCAUCUUCCAGACGUAUCUCCCCUCCAUUCUGAUCGUCAUGUUGAGCUGGGUCUCCUUCUGGAUCAAUCAUGAGGCCACGAGUGCUCGUGUCGCGUUGGGAAUAACGACUGUGCUUACGAUGACCACAAUCAGCACGGGAGUGCGGUCUUCCCUGCCCCGGAUUUCGUACGUGAAAGCAAUAGAUAUCUACCUCGUGAUGUGUUUCGUCUUCGUGUUCGCCGCCCUCCUCGAGUACGCCGCGGUCAACUACACGUACUGGGGCGCUAGGGCGAAGAAGAAGGUGAAGCAGAAAAAGGGAGAUGACUUCACUCCGUCAAAAAGGACCACUUCUGGUGACCAAUGCUUUAACGAAGAGAUUAUUGAACUGCAGGAGCUCCAACUCUCCCCAAUACCAUCCAUCCGUCAGAGAAGUUUUGCAUCUCGGAGUGACCCUACCAUCGCCGCACCGGGCGUGCAAUCCCCCCGAUUUCCACCCAGUUUCCGGAUCCAUCGCCCCUACCACCACCAUCAUUCUUGCUCCUAUUCAGCCACUCAGCAAGCCGCGGCGGGAGGAUCUUCAUCCCUCCGUUCGAGAGGCUUCCGAGGGACGAAGAAGCAACAUCGGACAGAUCUUCAGGCCCAGCCACAAAGGGUGCUUCAGUCUUUAAGAAAAGGGGCGAGCGCGCUGAAGGCGUCACUUCCGAGGAUUCGGGACGUCAAUGUGAUUGAUAAGUAUUCCAGAGUCGUGUUCCCGGUCUCCUUCAUUCUCUUCAACGUUUUCUACUGGAGCUUUUACUUCUUAUGAGAUUCGCCAUCUGCCUACUACUACAGCUAGAAAGGAGAAAAAGACGAGGUGGGCGUGGGGGGUGGGUUUAUUUGCUCGGCAUACUUUUUUGGUCAGACUUCUGGUGAGGCCGAAUUUUCUAUGUAAAAAGUACUCGACCUUCCUUUCUCUAAUUUCCUCUUUACAAGAGAAAUUCAUUCCAUAAUUUAAAUUUAAUAACUGAUUUGCGUUGCGAUCUCGUACUAAUUAACCCGGGUGAAAGAAAAGCUGAGUGAACAUUUUUCGGAUUCCCCGGAAAAUCUAGUGUGAAAUACGCAUCAUCAAAGAACAUCACUCUCACUUGUUCAAUCAAAUCAGUGCCAGACUUUGAUCGGAAAUCAAUAAUAUCCGAGAAUGGAGUGGGUUUCACGAUCAAAAUCUCUUCCGGUAUCUGAUAUUCACGGAAAUCGGAGCGGAUCGUUCCGUUCUCAACAACUUACCAACUUUCGAGAGGAAUCAGCCUCGUCUUUCACGUAAAAAAUUACAUGCCGAGAUGACAUUCCAAAUAAUGUUAUGAGACACUUGUUCAAAAGUCAGAGUUUAUAAUUUCACCUUUGUUUCUUUUCAAGAAGGGAAAAAACUGCUCCUCGUGAAAUAAAAUAAUGAAUUGACUUUUAGAUACUGAUAUCUCGAAGACAAGAAACAUGCAAACUGCGAAAUAAAUAUGUUACUUAAUAUGGGAAUAUUUAAGAAAAAUAGGAAUUAUCCAUGAAUUUUUAUACGAAAUGAAUAA